UGUGAAAACGCACAAAUUUUGUAUCGGAUAGGCGUUUGGUCCACACGGAUCCGGCAUUUUCGGAAGGUGAAACCGCUAUUUUUUGAAACCGGGUCCCAGAGUGGAUAAAUCUGAAAACGCCGUCUUUGCGUUUUCGUGUGUACAGCCAAUCCGUAUAUUUUGUGAAACGAUGAUGUCAUCACCCCACGUGUCGACCCUAGUCAGACACGCUAACAGCACAAAACAACAACAAUAGCAGACUCUAGAUGCUUGUAUUCGUGCUUCAGAAGCCACUGAGCCAAAAUAAAGCGUUAUUUCUAAGCUUUACUAUAGUUUGUAUACAGCGCGCAAGGUUUAUGCGCAACACAAAGCUGCAAAGCACUCAAAGCUGCUGACUUUAGAAGACGUGGAAUAUGACACACAAAUCAUACUGUAUAGAUUACUGCAACGGUGAUUUUUUUUUUUUUUUUUGUCAGUUUGAACAGAAAAGGCUUAAGAGUUUCAUUAUGUGGAAAAGAUGGGUCGGGAUAAUAGGAAAAUCUAGGAUAGAAAGGAAUUUUUUUUCUGUGUGAAAGAAAAAGUCGUACUGGUUUGAAACGACAUGAUGACAGAAUUUUCAUUUUUGGGUGAACUGUUAUUUUAAGUGCAAACUUAUAUUUAUAUGUGUUUUUAUAUGCUAAUUUGUAUUCAUCAUUAUUUUUUAGAUGUCUUAAGACUUAUCUUGGCCAUUUCAACUGUGACACCGGUGACGACUGCAACUGCUAAUCUCUCUGACCCCUGCUACAACUACACUGUGCUGGACAAUCCAUGGAGAUCCAGUAAUACACAUGCUUCAGUAUGUGACCGGUCUGUCUCCUGGAGCGGCUGGUAUCGUCUCUUCAUUAACAGCCUGAGCGCUCAUAUCCCAGACACGUGUGUUGCUCAGUAUAGCUGUGGCACUGGUAUCGCACUGUGGAUACGUGGUGGACACCCAACAGUUGAGGAUGGAGUCGUCACUCGAGAUGUCUGUGGUAACUGGGACAAUUACUGCUGCUAUUUCGGGUCUUAUCCCGUUAAAGUCAAAGCCUGUCCAGGCAAUUAUUAUGUCUACGAGCUGGUUAGUCCAACUGUCUGCUAUUCAGCAUACUGUGCAGACACUGGCAGCAUUACCACUACAGCUGUCACACCAGUGACCAUCUCACCUGCUAAUCUCUCUGACCCCUGCCACAACUAUACUGUGCUGGAUAAUCCAUGGAGAUCCAUCAAUAAUACAUAUGGCUUACAUUCAUACAACAUGUGUGACCAGUCUGUCUCCUGGAGCGGCUGGUAUCGUCUCUUCAUUAACAACAUGAGCGCUCAGAUCCCAGACACGUGUGUUGCUCAGCAGAGCUGUGGCACUAAUGUCCCACUGUGGAUACGUGGUGGACACCCAACAGUUGAGGAUGGAGUCGUCACUCGAGAUGUCUGUGGUUACGCUGGCAGUUACUGCUGCUAUUACGGGUCUUAUCCCAUUAAAGUCAAAGCCUGUCCAGGCAAUUAUUAUGUCUACGAGCUGGUUAGUCCAACUGACUGCAAUUUUGCAUACUGUGCAGACACUGGCAGCAUUACCACUACAGCUGUCACACCAGUGACCAUCUCACCUGGUAUAAACAUAACACUGCAGGAAGGAUGCACCGGUCAGAACUGUUUCCAAAAUCUACUUGAGCAGAUUGAGAACAUUACAUCAUCUCAAGUGCUCUCUGUGAAUACUGUGACGAACAUUUUGACUAUGGCCUUCAACGCUUCAGAGAAGAUUUUAGACUCGUCGUCAUCAUCAGUCAGCCCAACUGAACUCGCCUCCUAUGGAAACCGUGUGUUAAAAACCAGUGAGAAACUCAUCUCUACAUUGGUGAAGCCGACAGACACAAGUGACAAUGUCAGUUUUGCUCUUGCUGCUGUUGAGGGACAAGUCUUCAUGGUUGGACCAAAUGUCGCCUUAAAUAAAAUCCCUCGACUUGACAUGACAAAUUCUUCUGUGGACAUUGAUCUAAUUGGGAUCGCCAAGAACAACGAUAAAGGAUCAGCUGCUGUGGCUUUCAUGGGCUACAACACAAUGGAGAAUCUACUGAAGCCCGACUUCUUCAACACAUCAAAUGAUACGGUUAAAACCAUGAUGUCCACUGUGAUCUCAGCUACUCUUCCCAAAACCAACAACACUAAACUUACCAAACCAGUCAACUUCACCCUCAAACACAUCAGAGAGUUCGACCCCAACGGUUCGCUGUCUUGUGUGUACUGGAAUAUCAGCGAGUGGAUUGUAGAUGGUUGUUCUGUUUUAGAGACCAACAGCAGCUACACUGUGUGUUCCUGUGUUCAUCUGUCGACAUUCGCUCUCAUCAUGCAAACCAGCAGACCACCAGAGAGCGACUCACUGCUGGAUCUGUUGAAUUUGGUGUGUGUGAUCGUGGGUCUGGUGUUCUUCAGUUUGGCCCUGUUGACCUUUGCCCUUUGUCAGUGGAGUCCUGGAGUGAAUAAUGUGGCUCGAAUCAACAUCUGCAUCAGUCUUCUGCUGGCCCACCUUCUGUUCCUGCUCACACAACAGUUCCUGAGCCUCAUACGCCCUCAGCAGGUGUUUUGUGCCGCGAUAUCAGGUGUGCUGCACUUCCUCUUUCUCUCCGGCUUUGUGUGGAUGUUCAUUGAAGCUGUGCUGCUCUUCAUCUGUGUGAAGAACCUAUCACAGAUCAGCUCCAAAAAGAGGGAGGUGCUUAGCACUGGAUUCCUGUGUGUGAUUGGAUAUACGGUUGCUCUGGUUGUGGUGGUCGUGUCUGUCGGGCUGCUUCCUGAAGGCUACGGCAGCGAACACUGCUGGAUUAAAAUGGAUAAAGGUUUCAUCUGGAGUUUUCUGGGUCCUGUUUGUGUCAUACUCGCAUUAAACAUGAUUAUCUUCAUCAACAUCAUCAUCAAACUGAACUCAACUCUCAAAAAUCUGAACGCUGAAGUUUCACAGAUGAAACAAACCAAGACUAUGACAUUUAAAACACUGGCUCAGUUUGUGGUUCUUGGUUGCUCCUGGAUUCUGGGUUUCUUCACUAAUGGCAGUAAGGAGCUGGAGAUCCUCUUCCUGAUCUUGAACUCCCAGCAGGGAACCUUCAUCUUCCUGGUCUAUUGUGUCCUCAAUAAUGAGGUCAGGCAGCAGUACAGGAAGUGCUUCAGUCUUUGCUGUGGACGCAAACAACAUUGAGGACAAUAGCAUCAUCUUCAGGAAAUAAAAAGUACUGCUCAAGUGCCAUUAAUAUACAUGAGCCUGUUUCAUGGUUAAGGACUUUUAUGUUGAAGUUUUUCUGUUCAAUUGUUUUUGUGUUCACUUCCUGUGUUUAGUUCCUUGUUGCCCUUGUUCCUUACUCCAUUGUCUGUUUCCAUAGCUACCCUAGUUUGUUACCAUUGCCUACACCUGUCCCUCAUUAGCCCCAUGGUUUCCUUAUGUAUUUAAGCUACGUUCACACUAUCAGUCCAAAUCCGAUUGUUUGUGAAUCUGAUUGGAAUCUGAUCUAAAAUUACUGACAUCCACACUGUGUAUCCCAACUGUUCAGGUCCGAUUUGUGUGUCCAUGCCACUCUUUCGUUUUCCUGAAUAUCUGCAUUGGUUUCUAUGGCAAUGUGUUGCGUUGGUAGGCAUACACCAAAAACAACAACAACAAUCGCAACAUGGAGGGGUUUGUUGUCUUAUUUACAUGACAAUGUGUAUCCGCCGCGCUGGACUACUGCGUCUUCUGAGGCAGCGGCAAAACUGUAGGAGGCUGGAACAAGCGGCUUUAUUCUGUGCUGCUGUCACCGCCGAUCUCAAAACUUGUUUCCGUUAUAUUGCCAUUUUCUGCUUAUCUGGCACUAUAACAACUUCCUAUAACAACGUCUGACAUUGCCUUUUAUGUCAAGUUUACACUACAGGAUUUUAAGCCCGAUUUGCAAGUUAACAAGCUCGCCGACAGGUCGGGCUGUGAUCGGGGGAAAAUCAGCGAGUGAUCGGCGCUCUCCAAUCUUUGUGUGAACUACUCAACGACGCAUCAAAGACACUCGGUGACGCGUUGCUGACACCUCACUAAUGCCAGACAAAUAUCUAGCAUGCUAAAUAUCUGGAGCUGUCGGCCGACUCGAUAUCCUGUGGUGUCACGUGUUGCGGCGCAACAGCCAAUGAAAUAUACACUGAUGUCUAUGGAAGCAGCAAUAACAAUCCAUCCAAAUAGCCGAUAAUUUGCCGACGUUUAUUCAUAUCAGAUACACAUUGUGUAAGUAACUAUAAAGCUCACUCUAUUCUUCUCCCAGUUCACCGGCCACAUGUAUUUCGGGACAAAUGGAUGAAUUCAUGUGCUGUAGCCUAUAAAUCCGACUGACAGGACUCUCUGAAGUAAAGCGCAAACAAACAAGGCGGCGCCCAUCUCACGUUAUAUAUUAAGAUCAAGAUCAUGAUGUAGGAUUUUAAAGGACAAAACACUCACUUGCAAAUAAAUAAGAAUCGGAAUAUCAGAUAGUUGAUGACAUGGUGAGAAAAGCAUACAUCUGUCGUACAGUGUGGCUGCGGUGUCACGUGACAAUCAUGAUGCGUCGUCAUGGAAACAAUUCUAAUGGUGGCCUUAACUCUGGGAGGUCAGCCAAAAUAUUUUAAACUUGUGUGUGUGAAAGGGUUCAUUUAAUUUUAAUUAAAUUUAAUUCAAAAUUUAAUCUAUUUUCUUCCCAACGUCCAUUUUCAAAUAAAGUCGUGUGACAGUUGUCGUCAGCUCGUGUAGUGUGUAACUGCCUGCUACAGAUCAUUUACGUAGUGUCACGUAGUGUGAACACCACAACGACUUCAAGACUCCACAGCAAGUCAUGUAGUCUGAACAGCACAGCGAUCUGCCGACGUUUAAGUCCUGUACUGUAAACUUGGCAUUACGUGGCGUGAGAAAGUCACUUAAACCACACGAUAUCCGAUCAGAGCAGCCAGACUCACUGAAACGGAUUUCUAGAAAUGUAAUUUGAAUAGGAUUUCAAACCACAUAUGAAUGUAGCUCGAAACGGAUUUUUAAAAAUCGCAUUUAAUGUUUGGAAAAAUUCGGAUUUGGACUGACAGUCUGAAUGUAGCCUUAUACCUGUGUUUUAGUUGCCUUGUGUCUGUCGUUGUUUUAGCAUGUUUCAUAAAGCUGUUACGUUCUUGUUCCUUGCAUUUUGUUCCUGUUCCUGGUUUGGAUUUUUGAUGUGGAAUAUCUUUGCUUGUGUUUUUGGAAUCAAUGUUGCUCCAUCCCAAUUCUUGCUCCUUCUUUUCCCUUCUGCUUCAUAACAGAUGUUAUAUUUAAAUACACAACAGAAUCAAUGUUUUGGGUGUUAAAUGUAGUCUCCGCCCAUUUCUUUAAAUGGUAAAAAAAAAUAUUACCUUUUGCUAAAUGCUAUUGAUGUAGAAUUUAUAAACUGUAUUAUUUAAUCUUUUUUGAAACCCACAAGAUUUUUUUUGGUGGAGGGUGAAAAGCAUAUUUUGACUGAGUUCACUGUUGAGCUCAGAAAGCUCCUAGAAAGGAAAUACUUUCUUCUGUAAGGAUCCUUUUUAUGUUUAAAUAUUCAUGUGGUAAAAUAUGUUUUCAGAAGGGAAGGUCACGGGUUUUAUAGGUGUAGGGGAUUAACCUUUAUAACUAAACUAUUAAAAUAAGUAUAUGAACAGCUGAUAUCUUGAAAUUGCUUGUAUUUUUGUGUUAAAACAUGUGAUUGAUUUUUUUUUUUUUUUUUUUUUUUUUGCUUUCGUUCAGAUUUUAUUUUAAUACAUAUUUUGUUACCAAGUUUUCUCUUAAUAAACAGUGUGAUGUAAUAAGUGGGUUUGUGAACAUGUUUUUUCCACGAAAGACAAAAAAAUCUCCAUAUAAUAGACUGACUAAUUUGAGAAGAAUAUCCUAGUUUGAAAAAUGAAAAUUUAAAUCAAGCCAUUUUCUGCAACAUAUCUGUAUUUAAAAUGUAACAUACAAAAGUCUUAACUGUAGAUAUAUCUGUGAAAUAAUCAGAGGAUCUGAUCACAAGGUCUAUGCACAUUUUCUGUUUACAACACAAGUUAAUAAUCAGAGUUUGAGGGAUGGAUGAGACUUGAAAUGUCCAUCUUAUUGAGGAUGUUAAGAAGGGAACGUUGGGAUUGUCCAUGAUGGGUCGAGCUGAGAAAAAAACCUAAUGAUUAAUUACCAGCAGCUGCCAAUGUGGGUUAAAACUGAAAAAGAAAGAAAGGAAAAAAACCUACACAUAUUGCAUUGUGUGGAAAGUCUGACAAU